AUUUUAUGUAACACAUGAAAAAAUUAAAAGAUUCUAAAUCACCAUACCACUUAAAAAAAUAUUUAUUUACCACAUAAAAAAAAAAAAAAAGGCACAAAAAGUAGUGAGUUCGUUUUACUAUCUCGCCCUCAAAAGGGUUUAACAGCAAAAACCACAACUUUAGACGGCCAAAAAGAUCAAAACACAAUUCUAGCACAAACACAAAAAAAUGGGGUUUGGAACCUUACGAUCUUUGAUUCGUCCCAUUUCAAGAACAUUGCUCCUUCGUUCUUCAACUGCUCUUUCUUCACCAUCAACCUCACCAUCUACUCAAUUUUUCCCCAAAUUCCUUACUCCAAUCCAUCAACAAAAACUACCAGCAGUUCCCCAUUUCAUUUCUCGUUCAAUUCAUCUGGAUUCACUUUCAUCUCUUGCCCCUAAACCAUUUGACCCAUUAACCGAUACCCGCUUCCCCAAACGUCGCCCUAGCGAUAAGGGUCGCCGCAAACGAUCUAGUCUCCGCCCUCCUGGACCUUAUGCUUGGGUUAAGCAUGUACCUGGGGAGGCUGUACCACCGAGUCAACCUAAUGAAGGGAGUGUCAAGUUGAGGAAUGAGAAGAAACGACGAAGGCAGCGCCGUGAGUUUAUAAAGUCCGAAAGAAAGAAGCGAAAGGCUCAAUUGCAGGAAGCAAACCUGAAGAAGAGGGAGAAGAGGAUUCAACGUAAGAUGGAAGCGGUUGCUAGAGAUCGGGAAUGGGCUGAAAGACUUGCAGAGCUGCAACGACUUGAGGCAGAAAAAAAGCAAACAGCGUAAUAGUCAGCAUGAGACCUGGUCAUCCAUUCGCCUUCUAGCAGGCUGCUACCACAAGCUGUGAGGGCCGACAGCGUUCGCUAGGGACCAUAGAUUUGAAUUUUUGCGUAAGUUGUCUUUACUCGCCUAUAAGUUACCAUAGGAGCUAUCUCCGUUCUUCGUAUUGUUACAUUACCAACAUGAAAUGCCAUGUUUAGUGCUAGACCACUGGAUUUUGAAUUUAUUGGUAGUCGGAUCCUUUCAUUUGUGGACAUGAUUGUUGAGCAAGAGUUGGGUAAUAACUUCAACUCUCUGGAGCAUUAGAAAUUAGAUUUCUUGUUUCACAUGUUUUACCUUCCGGAACAAUGAAUAUUUCAACAAUCUGUCUGUCUCAUUUUGUUUGUUACUUUUUUUUACAAACCCUCGCAUUGAAGAUGCAAAUUCAAUGGGAUAGUGGAGAUUUCAAGCCGCUAGGUGUGAGAUCUUUUGAUCAAUUUCUUCAAGCUUUGUUUUGCAGAAAUUUAUAAUUUUCUAAUAUGUAUUUAUUUAAUUGUUUGUGUA